CUAAUCUAUAUUGUUGUUUCAGGCUUGUGGCUAUGAGGAUUAACCAAAAUACUGUUCUGCAGGGGAAGAGAGUGACUUUGGUACCAUACACCUCUGCUCAUGUACCAAGAUACCAUGAGUGGAUGAAAUCGGAAGAACUCCAGCGUCUGACUGCAUCUGAGCCACUAAGCCUUGAACAGGAAUAUAAGAUGCAGUGCAGCUGGCGAGAGGAUACAGACAAAUGCACAUUUAUAAUACUUGAUUCAGAGAAGUGGUCCAGGCAGGCAGCCACAGAGGAAGACUCUAUGGUGGGAGAUGUGAAUUUGUUCCUCACGGAUGCUGAAGAUCCAACACUGGGAGAGAUUGAAGUCAUGAUUGCAGAGGCCAGCUACCGUGGCAGAGGUUUUGGUAAGGAAGCCACUCAGAUCAUGAUGUCCUAUGGAAUGACACGGCUGGGACUCACUACCUUUGAGGCUAAAAUAGGAUUAGAAAACGAAGCCAGUAUCGGCAUGUUCAAAAAGCUUCAUUUUAAGGAGGUGGGAGUAAACAGUGUCUUCCAAGAAGUGACUCUGAGACUGAGGGUGGACGAACAAGAGAGAGGAUGGUUGCUCGAGCAAACCAGCCAUGUGGACGAAAAAAAUUACAAUGUCAUGAAGCUACAGAAUCAGGCUUAUAAUAGCUGACAGCAUUUCUGAGUGCGCGGGCUUCCUA